AUGCAGAGCACCCUUGAUUUACUUAUGAUUCAAGUUCGACAGACUACAAACCAGAACCGUGCACCCGAUCAGAGCAAUUCCUUUGCUGCAGCUCUCGAGUUGAUGAAUUCCCAUCUCGAAAAGCUCAGACACGCCAGUUCCAGCCCCAAUGAAGGGAUCGCGCUCUCAUUUGAGGCUCUCCCGGAUGACCCAGUUCAAGUUCUCCAGGAGAUCAAGAACAUAGACGAAACCAUCACUCGGCGGCUAGAUGCGAUUGAGUCUCGAAUCCCACGGGCGUCCGAACCCAGUGAGAUAGAACGACACAUCAUCAAGUUCUUCGUCCGAGAAAACCUUCCCCAUAUCAGAGAAAUGAGCAAGCAAACCCUUCUCCAAACUGUCAAAAAGAUCGACGGUGCCUUCGCGGAGGUCAUGACGGUGCAUUUUACGGAUACAAGCCCCAAUACCAAGCAGGAUGCCUUCAUGAUACUCACCUUCCACGACUAUGACAUGGAGCAACUGGGUCGGGACCAGAUUCAGAAUUUUCGGUCCCAAUUCAGCCUUAGCGAUGUAUCAUCCAUGGCGCCCAAUCGGUACUGGCUUGAGAUACUAUAUUUCGUGAAGAGGGGAACUUCCCCAGUUGAGAUCUUCGAUGGCGCGGAUUUUCUCCUCGACAACAGCGCUACAACUCCGCAGUCAUUUCCCUGCUUCUGCCACAAUUGCGGAAAGGCGGGUCACUUUGCGUAUCAGUGCACAGUUGACACGAGGUGCAGUCAAUGCUCUGGACCCCAUCACCCUCGCCAUUGUGACAAGAAGAACAAGGCGGAGUUCAAAUGUCCCAACUGCGGUGGCAAGCAUGGAGCCUCGGAUCCCAACUGCCGCGACCGUGACUCCCAGAAGGAGCAUCGCAUCUCUGUCAUUCAUCGGGCGAACCCUCCCGCAUGGUCAAGGAAGAGACGAGCUUCUCAGGUCAACAUCAACAACUCUGCUGCUGCCAUUGAUACCUCCCAGCCAGCACCCACAAGAGGUCGUGGCCGACCUCGCAAGAACGCGACUGUAAAAGGCACUUCUCCACAGGCGAAAGGCGAGAACACAGCUGCCGAUGAUUCCAAGCAGCGACGACUCCCCAAUAUGUUUCGACAGCAAAACGAGACCUUGUCAUCUCAAGCAGGUCCAUCUUCGCGGACCGUGGCGAGCAGUUCCAGGGCUCAGAUCACAACCAUUGAUGAAGGUCAGAGCGCCGAUGCCGACACUAUGGACAUGGACUACGACUCGGAAUUUUGUCAAGGCACUGACGAUAAUUCCACCAUCGGAACUGAUUCGACGGUCGGGAGCAUUACAUCCAGGAGGAGCAGGCAGAAGAAGAAGUCCAAGGGCAAGAAUGUUGCCGCACCGCCCAAAACCACUCCAGCGAUUGAGGAGUUGGUUUUGCAGGGCCCAGUAUCUUAUGGCUCAACUUCUUCUGCUCCAACAUCUUCUGCUCCGACGCCGCCUACUUUAACACCAUCUACUUCAACGUCAUCCACUUCGACACCGCCUGCUCCGAUACCAUCUGCUCCCAGGUCUUCUGUCACCGGUGGCAAGGAUGCAGACUACAGCGCCAAUCCUUUAGGUAAUGGCGAGGUCAAUGUUACGGAGCCUCAGGUGCCAGCCUCUUCUCUGGAAUCGGGCGACAGCCAGGUGACCCAGGCGCUUGUUCCAGCUGCAAGGACUACGGGUCGCAUCCAGUCCCAGACGCCAACAUUCACUGGAAGGGCCACUAGAAGAAUUCACUCUCAGACGCCAACACCCACUUCAAGGACCACUGGUCGCGUUACUGGUCGCAUCGCUCAACCACAUGUCUCUCCUCCCGAAUCUCUCGAUCUUCCCCGCUCACAGCUGUUGAUAGGGUCCUACAGGUCUUCAUCUCCCGCAUCUGAUUACGGAGCCAAGAGGAAGCGAGGCUGA